CUAUGGCUUUGGUUAACAGUAUUUGAAUCAUAUCUGUCGCAUCGAAACAUUUGACGUCAUCGCGACAGACCACUGGUGGUCAUGUGAUCAAGCUAUGCUCGUGUGUCGUAUUGUUUACAGUGGCCGUCACUCGUUCCCCACUUGAACAGUCAAAUUUACGUUUCGAGGAGAGUAACUCGAAAAGAUAAAAUAACUGUAAGCUAAAACAACGUCGGGUAAUUGGAUCGGUACAACAGCAAACAUGCUAGUAAAGAAAGUUGUGUUUUUCUUGCUAGUUCAAGCGAUACUACUGUUAACUGUUGGAACACUUACGGUGUAUGGCGAACCGUUACCUGUGGAAAAAGACAAAGAAACGCCAGCAGCAAAAGCAGAAAUAAUUUCAAACAGUACAAAUCAAUCAAAUGAAGAACCAACUGAAGCAAACAACAAUCAAACGACGCCAGUACCACCCAAAUCUGAUGAAAAGAAAGAAAAUAAUGUGAUAGAAAACAUACAAACUGGUCUUGAGGCUGAAGUUCAGCAGCAGAAUGACAGUAUGAAGAUUUUCUUCAUUUUACUUGUUCUUGCGUUCUGUAUUCUCCUCACCCACUGCCUAAUCAGAUGGAACUUUCACUUCUUGCCAGAGAGUAUUGCAGUUGUCUUCUUAGGUGCUGCAAUUGGAGGGAUUGUAAAGAUAAUGCAAACUGCUGGUGUUGGCAAUUGGCUGGCUGAGGAAAUGUUAUCUCCAAAUACUUUCUUCUUGAUGAUUCUUCCUCCAAUUAUUUUUGAAGCAGGAUAUUCUCUUCACAAGGGAAAUUUCUUUCAAAAUUUUGGUUCAAUCUUAAUUUUUGCUGUCUUUGGAACAUUAGUAUCAGCCAUGUUUGUUGGUGGGGGAAUGUAUCUCAUGGGAGUGGCUGGUAUAGCGUACAACCUCACUUUAACCGAAUGCUUUGCAUUCGGCUCAUUGGUAUCAGCAGUGGACCCAGUGGCAACAAUUGCGAUAUUCAAAGCACUAAACGUUGACCCUACAUUGAACAUGUUGGUAUUCGGGGAGAGCAUACUGAACGAUGCAGUUGCUAUUGUGCUCACUAAUACAUUCCAAGGUUUAAAAGCUGAUUCAGAACUUGCCACAGCAUCAGGUACUUCCAUAUUCUUUAUGGCAGUCGGUGAUUUCUUACGAAUGAUGUUUGGUUCUGCUUUCCUGGGAGUCUUUAUUGGUUUAUUCAGUGCUCUGGUGAUGAAGCAUGUUGAUUUGAGGAAAACACCAUCAUUGGAACUUGGAAUGAUGUUCAUAUUUGCAUACGUUCCUUAUGGUCUUGCUGAGAGCUUAAAGUUAUCAGGUAUCAUGGCAAUAUUACUGUCUGCAAUUGUGAUGUCACACUACACACAUAGCAAUCUCUCACUUGUCACUCAGAUCAACAUGCAACAAACAUUACGAGCUCUUUCCUUUUUAUCAGAAACAAGUGUAUUUGCUUACCUUGGACUUGCCAUAUUUGGGUUUGAACACAACUUCCAACCAGCAUUUAUCAUCUGGAGUAUUAUCUUGCUUCUUGUUGGAAGAGGUUUGAAUAUAUAUCCACUGUCAUGGAUGCUUAAUUAUUUCCGUGAAACAAAGAUAACAAAAAGGAUGCAAUUUAUUAUGUGGUUCAGUGGGCUACGAGGUGCAAUUUGUUACGUUCUGAGUUUGCAUUUAGAACUUGACAGUGUUGAGAAGCGUCACGUUAUUAUUACAACCUCCCUUAUUAUUGUGUUGUUUACCAUCCUUGUGCUCGGUGGUGCCACCUUACCUGUGGUGAAGUUUCUUCAAAUUGAUGAUAAACGAACCUACCAUCGUAACCUCACACUGAGUAAAACAGAGGAGAUGGGUCAAGCCAUCGAGUCUGAUCACAUAUCAGAGCUUACAGAAGAGGAGUACGAUGACAAAUACCUCCGUGAAGAUCUUCAUCUGCGAGGAUUCGCGUAUAUUGAUGCAAAGUAUCUUGUUCCUUUUUUUACAAGGAGGAUAACAAAAAGGGAGCUGAUCCAGAAUCGGAGUGAGAUGCAAAGAUUAACAAACAAGUGGUAUGAGGAGGUGAGAAGUAGACCUUCACCAUCUGACGAUGAAACUGAACUUUGAAUAUUUCCUAUGGAAAAUUGGUUUAUUCAGUAAUACCCGUGGUUGAGCGGAUAUCAAAGGUGUAUCAAGGCACGCAUUAUCAACCGUAACUUUCUAUGGUUUCUGUGCAGAUAAAAUACAUUUUAUUUUAGAGCAAUUGUAAAUGUAUUGAAGAGUUUUCUGGUUACAUUUAAAUGCAAUGUUUUUGGUUUAAUUUAAAUAUUUUACCUUUUAUUUUAUUGAGUUAGAGGUUGUAUAAAGUUUGUAUUCUGAGCAAAAAUUUGUUGAAUUUUGUAUCAUUUUAAAAUGAUUAAUUAGGGGCACAUGUUUAUUUUAGUGUACUGUACCCUUGUUUUAAAGUGCUACAUAUUUAUUCUUUUCUAACUUCUGUUAUUUACUUUUGAACUGACAUACACAGUACAAAAUCUGUUUUGGAA